CGUCACUCUGCACUUUUUGGUAAAAAAAGUCUAUAUGCCAGUUUGGCGCAGGUUGUAGGCAGCUGAGUGCGACUGCCGGGCGCAUGCGCCCCUCGACCCAGGGCUGCGUUCGGCGUUUGUAGGCGCGACCGGCCAGGUGAGUUUGCAAAGAAAGUGGCGGCAAGCGGGGGUGGAGGGUGGGGUGACGACUCCUGUUGCCAUGGAGACAAGGAAACAGGGGUCGGGGUGUUCCGGGGGGGGUGCAGAAACGCGGAAGAAGCGCGUUUCCUGCGAGAGGAGAGGAGGCGGGUCGCUCGCCCUCCGCCUCGCCUCCCCUGCGAGGUUGUUUUGAGGAGAAGCUGGGGGGGCCCAUGGAGGCCACCUGGAGCUCCUCGAAGGAAAGCGGGUGCACGUGUGAAUGAGCAAGUAGGGAUAGAACAAAUAACUAGGCAUGUGCGGGGUUGUGUAGGCGGAAAAAGUGCUUUAUUAAAAAGAACAAGUGGAAGCUCAAGCGUGGUACAAUUGUAAAUAAUUCCCAAAGGUGGCUUGUUACGGUCAGGGCCGGAUUUAGGUUUGAUGAGGCCCUAAGCUACUGAAGGUAAUGCGGCCCUUUAUAUGUCCAGCUGUCCUUUGUCAGCAACAAAUUGUCACUGGUUUUUUUGUGUUGGAUAUAUGCUGUAUGGUAAUUUAUGGACCUAAUAGGUAUCUAAAGCCAUUUGCACAUAACAAAAUAUGUAUUUUUUUUGGAAAUGUGCAUCCAGUUGUUGUUUCCCUUUAAAUUUUUGGGGGGCCCCAAAGAGAGUGGGGCCCUAAGCUAUAGCUUGUUUAGCUUAUAUGUAAAUCGGGCAUUGGUUACGAUUUAUGGUGCUUAACAAAAGCCUUCCAGUGUUUUCGGAGUGCUGUGCCCAUGCAUGCCCCCAAAGUUGAAAAGGGCACUGCUUUCCAUACGGAAGGUCCCAAGUUCAGCUUUUAUGCUGUGAACUGUCCAGAGAUCUUUGAGCGAAGGAUGGUAUGCAGAUUUAAUAAACGUAUAAAGAUAAAUGAAAUCCCCAGCACCUCCAGGAAGAAUCUCCUGGCUGAAACCUUGUGUGGGGCUAAUGGGAGCCCGAAAUGUACAGAAGGGCAUGAUUUUGAAGGGAGGGUUGGUAUCUCAGUUAGUAAGGCAUAACUCUUAAACCGAGGGUCAUGGGCUCAAGUCCCAUGUUGGGAGAAAGAUGGGGCUGGACUAGAUGACCCUCGUGACCCUUUCCAACGCUACGAUUCUAUGGUUCUGUAAUCUGGAGGGAGCCAGGUUGGCAAAGCCCUGGCAUAGAGCGUUGGUCUUUAGCCGGUAGGCCAGGACCCAAUGCCGGGUAAUGGCUUGGUCUGAGGUGAGUUACAGCAGCAGCACUGCCACCAUACAAAUUUAUUUGUUAUCCUUCAGGACGUCUUGAAUUAAUCUUCUGCAUAAGAUUCUGAAGCUGUGACACCAUUGGGGAACACUUAUGGGAUCUCUGAAACGGCUCCCAUUGCAGCUGGACUUUGGAGGUUUAACCCAAGCUGUUUAAAGAUGCCUGAAAUAAAAGUCACUCCCUUGGGUGAGUAACAUAAAUGUUGGCACUUAUGCCAAAAAAUGGAGGGGUGCAUUCUUGGAGUUUAAGGUCCUCAGUCUGCUCAAGUUGAGCUCCAUUUUUAGGAAUGGUAGGUGUACUGACAGUGAUUCUAGGUGGUAUAGGUCAGGCAUGGGUAAUGUGGGUCCCUCCACUAUUCAUCACAUAAGUGUAAAUUUUCUAAAGAGUUCCAUUUCUGAACUACAGAUUGCUGAGUGGCAAUCAACAAAUACGAAAAGGAUCCAGGGGUCGUAGUAGACCAUAAGCUUAACAUGAGUCAACAGUGUGGUGCAGCAGGAUAAAAGCUAGUGCUACUCUAGGCUGCCUCAGCAGACGUGUAGUGUCCUGAUCAGGCAUAGGCAAACUCGGCCUUCCAAGUGUUUUUGGGACUACAACUCCUAUCAUCCCUAGCUAACAGGACCAGUGGUCAGGGAUGGUGGGAGUUGUAGUCCCAAAACAUCUGGAGGGCCGAGUUUGCCUAUGCCAGGUCCUGAUCAAAGGAAGUAAUAGUACCACUCUAUUGUGCCUUGGUCAGCCCACACCUGAAGUAUUGUGUCCAGUUCUGGGCACCACAAUUUAAGAAGGAUAUUCACAAGCUGUAAUGUGUGCAGAUGAGGGCAUUGGGUAUGUUUAGCCUGGUAAAGAGGAGACUGGGAAGAUAUAACCAUCUUCAAAUAUCUCAAGGGCUGUCACACGGAGGCUGUAGCAAGCUUGUUUUUCCUGCUGUGGAGGCCAGGACCCAAAACAAUGGCUUCAAGAUUCAGACUUAUUUGAACGAAGUUCUUGGUGGAUUUGAGCCCAGAAGUCCUGCAUAGGUGGACAUGACCACCAAAGAUGUGCUAUGUGACCUUGCAGGUGCAUCAGCAGAAAUGCAGCACCUCUGUUAAGACUGAAGGCCAUUCAACUCGCAUAUUUUUCUGUUUUGCCUUUUCAGGAGCUGGCCAAGAUGUGGGCCGGAGCUGCAUCCUGGUGUCCAUUGCAGGGAAAAAUGUCAUGUUGGAUUGUGGGAUGCACAUGGGCUAUAAUGACGAUGUAAGUGUGAUGGGCAGGCCUUGGCCUAGGUGGCAGUUUCAGAUUUGACUUGGCAUUGCCCCAAAGUGUACAUGGAGGGUUUAGCUUGGAGUGUGGGAAGGUUGUAGAGCAGGGGUGGUGAGCAGCAGACCCAGGAGCGGCCAGAUGUUGCCCUCCAGGCCUCACUGGUCCUGCUUCACACUCUACCUGAGUGUUUUUCCAUGGGUAGAACCUGCCCUUGAACUCUUGCUUGCCUGGAUGUUAGACAGAGGGGGUCAUGUCAGUGUGUGCAGAAAGUAGCCUAUGGAAGCAAGGAAAAACAUGCAUCGUUUUAUUUUCAUGCCACCUUUCCACCAUUCAAACCAUGCUCCAGGUCCCUUACAACAUGGGAAAAAAUACAUAACUACAACAGAACCAAAGUAAUUCUAAAUAAUAAAUAAAACAUUAAAAAAAUACACAACCAAAGUCAACAAUUUCCACAUACCGUAUUUUUUGCUCCAUAGGACGCACUUUUUCCCCUCCAAAAAUGAAGGGGAAAUGUGUGUGCGUCCUAUGGGGCGAAUGCAGGCUUUCGCUGAAGCCUGGAGAGCGAGAGGGGUCGGUGCGCACCUCUCGCUCGCCAGGCUUCAGGAAGCUAUCCGCAAGCCUUGCAAGCCCGGUGGGAGUUCCCGCGGGCUCACAAGGCUUGCAGGCAGCAGCCUGCAGCCCCGGCGAGUGUCCGCAAGCCUUGCGCGCCCGGCAGGAGGUCCCGCCGAGCGCGCGAGGCUUGGGGCGGCAGCCUGUCGCCCGAAGCACGGGGAGCCUUCCGGAGGGUGCCCCGUGCUUCUUGCAGGUGUUCACAAGGCUUGGGGCGGCAGCCGCGGCGGGGGGGGGGGAAUAAUUUUUUUUAUUCAUUUCCCCCCCCCAAAAAACGAGGUGCGUCCUAUGGGCCGGUGCGCCCUAUAGAACGAAAAAUACGGUAAAUCACAAAGAUCUAAAAUGAAGAUACAAAAAAUACUCAACACCACCCAGCAGCAACACUCCCCCCACAAAACUUCCUAAACUGGAGUCAACCAGGACCCCGCUGUCCCAUGCCAAGUGGAAAAAAGCCUGCAGGACAGGGAGCAGGUAUUCCAGAACUCACAGCCAAAUAAUAUAGGUUGUUGCUGCCUUUUGCAUCUGGCACCCGCCCACCCCUGGCAUGUAGCCCUUGCAAGGUUGCCCAGAAGGGAAUGGGGUCCUUGGACUGAAAAAGGCUCUUAGCCCUGCUAUAGAGAGAGGUAUGAGCAGCAACUGUUUCACAAGAAGAAUUGCUUUCCUUUCCAAACUCUGUAGUCAAAGUAGGAUAGCUCCCUGGAGAUUACUGUUGGGUUGUGGUCUGUACACUCCACUUGGUGACUUCAGGGAGACCACCCCCCCUUAACUUGGAAGGGGUGGCGCAUGCAAGCAAAGAAUUCUCCCUUGCAGCCCCAGACCUUAUUGGCCAAAAACGAACAGUGGGAACUGGAACUUUGCUGAAUGUAACAUGGAAGAACACUUGUUGUGCCUGCAGAAGGUUGCAGAUUUGAAUCCCUGUCCCCUGGUUUGUUUGUUUGGUUUGGUUUGUUUGUUUUUAGGAUCAGGUAAAGGCGAUAUAAAAUAUUGUAGGUGCUGUACAGAGGUGAUUCAUUUAUUUCACAAAACUUCCAUGAUUCUUACCAGAGCAAAAUACUUCUAAGUGAUUUAAAGCAGACACACAAUUAAAGCACAAAGCAGUCCAUGCCUGUAAGCUCACAACCUGCUAUCGACAAUAGAAAAGAAGAGGGAAGAGGAAGGAAGUCAGAUAGUGAAUUACAUCAUCCCCUAGCAGCCCAAGGCCACAGCUGGAAAACAUCAACAAGAAACCAUCUCAGCUGAAAGCAGUUUGGAAUAAAAUGGCUUCUAAAGUGUGUUUUUGAAAGCCAGAACUGAGUAUGGCCAACUCUAUAUCCCUAGGAAAGGAGUUAACACACUUUGGGAGCCACCGCUGAAAAAGCCCUGCCUCUUCUGCUCACCAAUAUAGAAUCAGAGAAUUGGAAGGGACCCUGAGGGUCAUAUAGUGCAACCUCCUUCUGUUUGCUUUUAUACUGUACGUUCCUGUGUUUUUAUAUUGCAAAUUGCCCUGUGGUCUUCAGAUGAAGGGUGGUAUAGAAAUUAAUAAAUAAUAGUGAUAAAUCCUGCAGUGGAGGAAUAUAAAUGAUCUUAGAGUUUAUUGGCCGCUAAGAAUGAACGAAUGAUCUUGGAACCUUCAAGGAGGGUCUCCAAAAUUGAUCUUGAAGUCUGGGUGGGUUCUGAGGCAAGAAGCAAUCUUCGGGUUCUCUGUGCACACAUGGGCACUUCCUGGGCAUGCCAGCUAAGCCCCACCAUUAUGGCACACCAAGUCUCUUUGUGUUUUGCAGAGGCGAUUUCCUGACUUCUCCUACAUCACUCAGAAUGGAAGGCUGACUGACUUCCUGGACUGUGUCAUCAUCAGGUGGGUACCACCUUUGUCUUGUCUAGUGACAUGUACACUGUUAACUUGCUUUGGGCUGCAACACACAAAGCUGUUUCAGGGCAUCAUGAUUCACCUGUUACCAAUGAGUUAGGAGUAUAUAUCCUAUCAAGCUGCACAAUUUGAAGUUUCAGUGAAGGGAAUCCUGAGCAAGGGUUUUGAACCAACUCUCCAUGGUUUGUAAAGGUUGUUAAUUUGAAAAAGCUAAAAUUAAAAGCAUAUAUAUAUAUAUGAAUGAAUGCAAAAUAAGCAUUUACAAUCUUAAGGAGUUGCUGGAAGUGGAAUAGGCCCUGGUUAGUUUUAGGCAUUUUUGGGGGGAGGGGGUUUCAUGUCAACGGGUAAGUUAGGCACCUAAUAAUGUAGUAAGUUAAAUGUAACUUUUAAGACACAUACAAGUAGUUGUACAGUGGUACCUCGGGUUACAGACGCUUCAGGUUACAGAUGCCGCUAACCCAGAAAUAGUACCUUGGGUUAAGAACUUUGCUUCAGGACGAGAACUGAAAUCGCGCUGGUGGUGCGGCAGUAGCGGGAGGCCCCAUUAGCUAAAGUGGUGCUUCAGGUUAAGAACAGUUUCAGGUUAAGAAUGGACCUCCAGAACAAAUUAAGUUCUUAACCCGAGGUACCACUGUAUAUGAAGUUCAGGUUUUUUUAAAAAAAGUUUUGCAAAUACUUCAAAUAGCUGUUGAGGCCCAUUCUCGCUUAGCGGGGAUCAAAAGCCACCUUGAAUUUUGCCCUGUCUCUUUGCAGCCACUUCCAUUUGGACCACUGUGGGGCCCUUCCGUACUUCAGCGAGAUGGUUGGCUACGAUGGGCCCAUUUACAUGACCCACCCAACAAAGGCCAUCUGCCCCAUCCUCCUUGAGGACUUCCGGAAAAUCACCGUGGACAAGAAAGGGGAGACCAACUUCUUCACCUCCCAGAUGAUCAAAGAUUGCAUGAAGAAAGUGGUGGCUGUCCAUCUUCAUCAGACAGUGCAGGUAGGGAGAGCCAGCCUUGGGAGAUGGGGACUCAUGCCUGAUUAUUAUAAUUGUAUUAUUAAUCCUUCUUAUUAAUUACCUGCCCUUCACUCUAAGGUCUCAGAAGUGGGCACAACAAUUAAACCACAAUAUUAAAAGUAGUUUAAAACAACUUAGAGUCGCUGAAGUAAGGUGGGUCCUAAAAAUAGGUUGUCGGGUAAAGGGGCACCAUCAGCAUUUGCAAUGAAGGUGCCAGGCACACCUCUGCGGGGAGGGAGUUCUACAACCUGGGGGCCACCACAGAGAAUGUCCUUUCCUGGGCCCCCAGCUUCAGUUACUUAAGGCAUUUCGUUAGAAAGUUGUGCAAUUAAAAGGUAUCUGGAAAGCUAGUCAGGCUUUUCUUUUAAAAACGUGUUCCAAAGUAGAGAGGUUGCUUGCUGUUGCAUUAUAGAAUUAACACUUUGAAAGACUCAUUGUUAGUACUUCAUCUCAUGAACAUGAGAAGGGAAGUUUUUAAUGACUGAUGCUUUAAUGUAUUUUUAAUCUUUUGUUGGAAGCCGCCCAGAGUUGCUGGGGAAACCCAGCCAGAUGGGUGGGGUAGAAAUAAUAAUAAUAAUAAUAAUAAUAAUAAUAAUAAUAAUAAUUUGUUUGAAGUCUUGUUUAUUCCGUUAUAUUUUACUCCAAGAAGACCCCUUUAUCCUAAAUAGAACCCAAUAAGGCAGGCACGUAUGUACAAAAUAUUUUUUUUAAUGUGAUCCCAUUGAGAUCCCAAGAUGAAAUUUUGCAGGUAGAUCUUAUAUAUUUUUGAAUAAUUUUAAUCAUUUUUAAUCACUUUUUAAAAUUUAAAAUUUUGUAACAAAUUUAAAAUUUAAAGUAAGUCCAUCUUGUGACUUGUGACAUAUUAAAGCCCAUGAAGUUCCGAAGAGAUUGGUGUUUUUAGUUUUGACGUAUCUUGACGCUGGGCUGGGCUGACCUUUUAAGGUUUGCGUGUGGCCAAAAUUGUCAGUUUUCUGAAAUUUCAAACCCUCAUAACUCAAAAACAGGAUGACAUAGAAAGCUAAAAUUUUAGAUUUAAACUUAGUUUUGCCCAUUCAACAAGUGUACAAAAUACUAAGAAAAUUGGAGGGCAUGAGGUAAAAAAGUUGGAUCACUUGAUAUGUAGAAUGACUCCCCCGUAAAAAUGAUACCAAAUGAAAAUGAGCUGCUGAAAAAUUAAACAGCUGUGUUGGCCUGUCGGCAUGAAAAGGUCUUUGAGAGAAGCCUGGAAGUCUAGUGAGAGUGCCUGCUGCAUCUCUGUUGGAAGAGCAUUAUGCAAUAUGGGACCAGUAACACUAAACAUCUGAGUGAUCAAGCUAAGAUAUAAGAACUCAGGUGGGUCCUUAAGAUAUCCUGGGCCCAUAUUGCACAGGACUUUGCAUAUCAUUACAAGAUCUUUGUCGCCUGUGGGCAGCCAGUGCUGAUGUCUUAGCAGAAGUGUCCCCUGCUGUCAACCACCUUCCUCCAUCAGCAGUCUAGCCACUGCAUUCUGCACCCACAGCAGCUUGUCAUUUUACACAGGAAGGAAUGCAUUGUUCCCCCUGGCUCAGCAUUGCCUGCACUGACUGGCAGCGUCUCUCCAAGGAUUUCAGGCAGGAUUGUCUCCUAGUCCUAUCAGGAAAUUCUGUGGAUUGAACCCAGGAUCUUUUGCAGGCAAAGCAGACGUUUUACUGUUGUGCCACAACGCUUGCCCUUUUUUUUAUGCAGGUGGAUGACGAGUUGGAGAUCAAGGCGUAUUACGCAGGGCAUGUGCUUGGGGCAGCCAUGUUCCAGAUUAAAGUCGGCUGUGAGUCCGUCGUUUACACUGUAAGUGCCUGGCUGAAUCUACAUAUACUGUCUUUCUCAGCUGAAUGUGCUCAGUUACUUGUGAUGCACUGAAAAUGUUUCCCCUCGCCUUUCUCAAAUUAGGGUGACUACAACAUGACUCCAGACAGGCAUCUAGGGUAAGUGUGGGAGAACGCCAAGGCACUAAGAUUUGCUCUUUCUCAAAUGACAUUUUAUGACACUCAUUCAUUCCUAUUUGUCCAAGUGGCCGGUGGAGGAGGCUUGGGCAACUUGAUCAGAACCUAAAAAAUUUGGAAAACUGUAGUACAGUUUGUGAUUUGACCUCCAGCGUUCAAAAUUUGAAUGCUUUAAAAUUCUUGACAGUUUUUAAGGUUUUUUUUAAAAAAAUCAACCAUAAAAUAUUGGAGGGCCUUAGAAGAAUUUUGAAGCUCUUCCCACGUAACCUUUCCAUGUUCCAUACGGUAUUUGUGGCCCUUCCCAUUUUAUCCUCCCAACAACCCUGUGAGGUAGACUGAGAGGCAGUGACUGGCUCUAGGUCAUGCCCAGAGAACUUGAUGACUGAGUAGGGAUUUGAACCCUGCUCUCCCAGGUCCUAGUCCAACACUCUUAACCACUACACCACACUGACAAGUAAGUGGUAUAAACGACUAAUAACAACCAGGAUUAGCAGAGCAGGAUUUACAGGGGGUGAGGAGGCAUUUUAUUUGAGUUCUUCACCUGUUGUGUUGCUCUGUCGUGAUGGUGAACCCCGGCUGGAACGCAAGGCCUGUGCUUUGUCCUUAGAGCUGCCUGGAUUGACAAAUGCCGCCCUGACUUGCUCAUUUCCGAGUCCACUUAUGCCACAACCAUUCGAGACUCCAAGCGCUGCAGGGAGAGGGACUUCCUGAAGAAGGUCCACGAAGCCAUCGAACGAGGCGGGAAGGUACGACUAUCAGCCUGCCUAUUGGCUUCUAGGCUCCUCCGAGACACCCUGGCUGAAGUUUUCCAGUUAGCAGAUCAGUCAUAGCAGGCAAACUUCCCCUGAAGGAGACAUUUCCCGUUGUUACCACCUGUAUCCUGUUUGUAAUUCGUUAGCUGCUUUGUUUAGCCAGAGUGACCCAAAGCGACUUAAGAACAACCAAGUCUAAAAACACAGCUACAAGGCAGGAUUGAAAGGCCUCACCCUAUUAAAGGAGCCAUCCUUCAAAUUCAGGGCCAAAAGACCAUGUCCUUGCCAGGUCCCUAAAAUAGAGAAGGUUGUUGCCAGGUGUAUCUCCCUGGGCAAGCAGGGGAUAGUUUGCAGCUGCCAUUUCCCAACUGAACCCUUUGUUUCCUCUCCCAAAGGUCCUUAUCCCCGUAUUUGCUCUCGGACGGGCUCAGGAGCUCUGCAUUUUAUUGGAGACUUUCUGGUAAGGAGACAAGCCUCUUUCACUCUCAUUUAAAAAAUGACUUGCUGCGUCGAUGCCUGAGGGGCUCCUUGCUUGUUGAAGAAUGAAAUCUCUCCCGCCCACCCAAUAUCUCAUUGUCAUCUUUAUGCUCCCUUCUGCCCUUUCCUGGGCUUGUGAGCAAGUUGUGAUCCUGGCAGCAGUACAAAUUACACGUCCCGGUGAGCCAGGAGCAGGGAACCCUUUUCAACCCGAGGUCCACGUUCCCUUCUGUGCAGCUUUCCAGGGGCCACAUGCAAGUGGUGGGUGGGGACAGAGGCAAAACGUGGGCAGAGCAACCAGUACAAAUGUUAACUUCGUACUGUAGGCUUGUUUCUACACACAUUCAAGCCCAGCUCACACCAUCCAGGCAAGCAGGGGGCAUGAUCAGAAUUCAAGGGCACAUUCCAGCCAGGUGUUAAGCAGAGCUAGUUGGGGGGGUGUUCUGCGGUGAGGGGGCAUGGCCUGUGGAGCGUUCCAAGGGCCAGAUAAGAGAGGCCUGGAGGGCCACAUUCAGCCCCCAGCCUUGAUGCCCUCCCCUCUCCACUGUAAGCCAUAGUGAUGGAUUCUCACUCCUUGGAGGUUUUUAAGCAGAGCUUGGACAGCCAUCUGCCAGGGAUUCUUUUAAUUGUGACACCUGCAUUGUAGGGGGUUGGCCUGGAUGACCUUUGGGAAUCCCUUCCAACUCUGCAAUUCUAUGAAUGACUUACGUGAACACAGCACUAGCUCCGUGCUAGUGAGCAAGAGCAAAAAACUACGGUGCUCUGCGUUCCGUCCAAACCAGGGAUUGGAGUUUUUAUCAAACAAAGCAAUUUGCGCUCUGAAACAAGUUGCAAUCUCUGGUUCAGAAAUAACACUAAGCCACAGUUCAUAGCUAUUUGCUCCUGCUCAUCAGCAGGAGAGGAGCACAGCAGCAGUGCCUGUGCAUUCCUGGUAAAUCAUCAAACUGUAGCUUUCGAUCAUGUGCAACCCAGUGUGGUCACAAGUGCUGUUUUCAGCUUCCUGAGAAUGUCAAGUUUUCAGUUGUUGUUUUUAAAGCAAACCAACCUCGAAUCGCUAUCCCUUGUCAUGAUGAAAACAUGCUUCAAAAUGAAUGAGAGUUACAGGCCAAGACUUCAGAAGCCAGAGAGGGUGGCUAAAUGAAUCUUUUUUCACCUCCACCACUGUGAUUUCCUCCCAAGGGAACGAAUGAACUUGAAGGCUCCCAUCUACUUCUCGACGGGGCUGACGGAGAAGGCCAACCACUAUUACAAGCUCUUCAUCACGUGGACCAACCAGAAGAUCCGGAAGACGUUUGUCCAGAGGAACAUGUUUGAGUUCAAGCACAUCAAGGCCUUUGACCGGGCCUUCGCUGACAACCCAGGGCCAAUGGUACAUGUGGAGGGAGGGGCGUGUGUGUGUGUGUGUGUGACGGGGGAUGGGCUCGAUUUAAUCAUUUAAGUAUUUAUACCCUGGCCUUCUAGUGCAAAUACACCUUUCAAGGCUGCUUACAACAGGGCAGUCAACCUUUUUCUGUAGAGAACUGCAUUCUUUUGGAGUAAGCUUUCAGAGGCUGCAGGCAGUGGUAGAAAGAAUCAGAGGAAAAUAGUGGGUUGGCCACUCCUUCUCUCUCACUCUCGCACACAGAUACAUAGCCUGUUCUCUCUCUCUCCCCGACAUGCCAUUUUCUGUUUCCACCCCCUCCUUUUUUCUGCUGAGGUCCACAGCUUGCUCACCUGUGCCUUACACCACCAUGGUACAAUUUCAUAAACAAUGACAUGGGCCUCCCCCUCUCUCUCGCCCCGCUUUUUCUCCCUGCCCCAGUGGUCUGCCAGGAAAGGGUCAGAUAGCCACUUAAAGGGUCAGCAGUGCAUGGCUGGAAGAUGCACUUGUAGGGAGGGAACCGGGCAGGUGACGGUGGGUCAGGGCCAAGUCACUCAGGUUCCAUUUUGACCCUUCCUGAAAAUGCCAUCUUGGAUUAGAUAAGAACCCGGUUUCCCUUUUCUCUUCCUAAGGUUGUGUUUGCCACACCAGGAAUGCUUCAUGCUGGGCAGUCCCUCCAGAUCUUCAAGAAAUGGGCUGGCAACGAGAAGAACAUGGUAUGAAAAUGCUCUUGACGAAUACAGGUCUGCUGCUCCUCGUCAUGGCCGUGGUUUAAGUCUGGAUUCCCAAGCUUUUGAGCGCCACAACCCCCUUGGUUCCAUAAACUAAUGCCCAGUGCUCACUGCCCUAUAAAAAGCAUUAUUCAGAAUAGUGGUGUGCACAACCCACUAGGAAAGGUAGUAGCACAAUAAAAUGUGCAGUUAAUUGCACAUUUAUUCAAAGCCCAAUUAACACUGUUUUGUUUAAUUCAACAUUGAUGCAUUUGACCCAGUGGUACCAGCUUUUCAAAGUCCGAUAGUCAUUGAUACCCCAGCAUUAUAAUAACUCUGCAAUAUCCUUUAGUUUCUUUGAGUGAUGGCAGCCAGAGCUGGACAUGCUCUAUGUUCACUGGAGAAAGUGAUGCAAUCAUUCUUGGUUCCCUAAUGCAUCCUUUUGCCAACCUGGUGCCCUCCAGCCCCAGCCAACACAUUCCAUUAUAGAAUUGCAGCCCAGAACAUCUGGAGGGCACCAGGUUGGCCAGGGCUGCCUGGACACUUGUGCCUGUGCAGUAUCUGUGUGCUUGUGAAGAUGCUUUUCUAAGCGUACACUUCCAACCAAACCUGAAGAGGCAUGUCUAAUAAUCUCAUACAUAAAGUGUCUCCUAGAUGUGGACACCUGCAGGUCUGUACCAGCAGAACACUAAGGUGAUGGAGGAGACUGUAGCACACUAGCCUGCGCAUAGUUGUGUGCAUGCCAUUUUUCGCACACUCCUUCAUGUUUAAAAGAAACAAAACUUUUCUGCUUUUCAGGUAAUUCUGCUCCUGCUCAGAGAGCAGAAUUGAACUUAGUGGACGUGACUCAUUUAGGUCUACUUAGUGGAUAUGACUCGCUUAGGUCUACUAAUUCGAUCUGCUUUCAGUAGGGCUUAGUUUGACACACCCCAAAGCAAUCCUUCUGGUUUGGGUUGUUGUUUUUUUAAGUACCAGAAAUUUGUGAUUUUUCUGGAAUGACAGCUUCCUAAGAGAGAAUUUGUGGGUGGAAAUUUCAGCAAUUCUAAGAACAGACCAGGUGUGUCGUACUCAAAUAUAUUUGCGUAUGAAUUUUAUUGGUAGCCCUUUAGGAAGGACAGAAGUCCUGGUGUGUUCCUUUUUAUAAUUAACUCCUGGAGAGCUGCUGCUGGUCAGUGUAGGUAAUACUGAGCUAGAUGAACCUUAAGUUGGACUUGGUAUAAGGCAGCUUCCUACUUUCCUAGUUGUAAUAAUAAUCAUAGUAAGUUACUGGAGAAUCUGCCUCUCAAGAAGCAUACAGAUACUGUUUAUUAUUUUAUUUUUUACAUUUAUAUACCACUUUGAUCUUCAUGGCUGAGAAGGGAUUUGAACCCUGGUCUCCCAGGUCAUAGCUCGACACUCUAAUCAUUACAUCACACUGGUUGUACUUAGGUACCCCCCCAAAAAAUAACCCCACACCCAUUUUGUCGCUCCUGUAACAAGCACAAUUUCCUUCUGGAUUCUUUCUCCCAGGUAAUCAUGCCAGGAUAUUGUGUGCAAGGAACUGUCGGCCAUAAAAUCUUGGGAGGUCAGCGGAAGCUGGAAAUGGAAGGAAGGCAGAUUGUGAGUGGAAAUGUUUCACAGGAGGGACCUUCCGCUGUGGCAGAUUGGAGCUGCCCCUCCACUUUAAUUGAUUGAAAAGAAAGGGAGGGAGGGAGGAUCUGAGGGGACGUGCAGUAAGAAUACAUUCUGAGGCAGCUGCCUUCAUUCCCUGUACAUGUCUUUCUGGCCUCCAGCUGGAAGUGAAGAUGCAAGUGGAGUACAUGUCCUUCAGUGCCCAUGCGGAUGCCAAGGGCAUCAUGCAGCUCAUCCGCCAAGCGGAGCCGCGGAAUGUCCUCCUGGUCCAUGGGGAGGCGAAGAAGAUGGAGUUCCUGAAGCAAAAGAUUGAGCAGGAAUUCCGUACGUAGCCUUCCCACUGUCUUGUGACCCUUCCCACAGAGGGACCUGGGGCCUUUCCCCAUGCUUGUUCCUUCACCUCCCGAGGUUCUCAUGUGUUCUCUGAACAGCUCCAGAAAAUCCUUUUCCCUCUCUGUCGAAAGAAAGAAAGAACCAUCCAAGGAAUUGCUCUUUGUUAUGGAUUCCUUAGCGGGGAAGUGGUGUGCUUUAGAUGCAUGGCGUGGGCGUGACCUUGGGUUACCUCUCUAGAAAUAAGUGAACACGCAGCAGUUGACUGGCUAUGUUUUCUUGCAGAUGUCACCUGCCACAUGCCUGCCAAUGGGGAGACGGUGACGGUUCACACCAACCCCAACAUCCCUGUGGACGUUUCGCUCGGGCUGUUGAAGAGGGAGCUCACCAUAGGUAAAGUCCUGGGUGCACAACUCAUCUCGAACAUUUUUAAAGAAAUACUAUUUAUUAAACAUAUUUACAAAUCUGUACAGCAGGGUUCAGCCCAAGUACCACAUGUCCUUCUGGGGCAGGGGUGGGGUAAGAGACACAAGUGGGCCUAGCAGCAGAUUUGAACUCUCCCUUUGCGUAGUAGGCUAGCUAGGGUUGCCAUGUGUCCUCUUUUUCCAGGACACGUCCUCUUUUUCAAGGGUAAAAUUUCUGACCGGGUGGAUUUUUUAAAUUUGCCAAAAUGUCUCUGGCUAUACUUUCUGGAUGAGACAUAGACAUAACUGCUGGUUGAAGACUUGCUUUCCUCUUCUCCUGCCUCCCUCAGCAAUAUAUCACAGCUUCUAUAGCCUGUAUAUAGUAGGGGUAUUUAAAAUGAGAGUCGUCAUAGCGUCCUCUUUUAGAUACACCCUCAAAUGCCCUUCUUUAUCCCCCAUCCUGGCAAAAACAAGAGGGUGCAAAGGUGGGUUUGUGAAGGGUGUGGCCUGGAAGGAGCCCAAAGGCCAGUUAAGAGAGGCCUGGAGGGCUGCAUUUGGUCCCUUGACCCAGAGGUUUCUCAUCCCUGCUGUACUGAUACUGGGUUGGGGAGAUACCUACAAGCACUGCUGUUUGUAGGCCUGAUAUGUUUUCAUGUGGCUGCUGGAAGAUGGUUGGGGCCACCACCAAAAGGGCAAAGCCAAAGAAAGCAAAGCCAUGCAGGUGAUCAAGAGAGCCAUUUAUCAAGCCUGCGUAUGUUGGGCUUUCCAUGUUGUGGGUCAGAUAUUUCUAUUCCAUGUACGGUGUUGAGUCAAUGUGUGUCUGGCUUGGGGUAGGGACCUUUGGCCCUACCACGUGUUGUUAAACUACUAAGAGCCCUGCUGGAUCAGGCCAAUGGCCCACCUAGUCCAGCAUUCUGUUCUCAUAGGGGCCAGCCAGAUGCGCAAUGGGAAGCUUGCAAGCUGGACAUGUGGGCAACACCACUCUCCCCUCCUGCAGUUCCCAGCCACUGAUACUUGAAGGCAUAUUGCCUCUGACAAUGGAGGUAGAACAUAGCCAGUGUGGCUGGUUCCACCAGUGGCCUUGUCCUCUGUGAACUUCCCUAAUCCUCUUUCGAAGCCAUCGAAGUUGGUGGUUAUCACUGCCUCCUGCUGAAGAGACUUCCAUAGUUUAACUAUGCCAAGUCCAUUAGUGUGCCCUGAAUUUUCCAAUGUUCCGCUUUGUUGGAUGUCUGAGUUCUAGUGCUAUGAGGGAGGGAGAAGAACUUCCCUCUUCUGGCUUGCUGGAGCCGGGAGUUGUAGUUCAGCAACAUCUGUAGGGCCAAAGUUUCCCCACCCCUCAGCAGAUGGGCCCUAUCCUGCUAGUAAUCCUAGUGUAAUUCAGUUUUACUUGGGUAAGUCCCAUGCUGUCAUCAGAUGUGAAGCUAAUGGACAGAGCGCAAGCAUGAAAAAUAAUAUUGCACUGCAUACAACUCCUUUCUACAAUGCCACACAGGUCCUCUUCUUGAGUUCUGACACCAACCUGUCUCUCUUUUUUCUGUUCCCUGUGGAAGUGCCCAAAUUGCUUAGGCCGCCUCCAUGUAUGUUGAAGGAGACCAUUCCCCUCUGCCCCAGCCUUCCCAGGCAAACCUUUCUCUCUCCUCUUUUGGGUGGUGCUGUAUUUGAGAUACCCAGAGGACUACAGGCAGUUGGUGUUCUUUCAGAACUCAUCUCUACAGUCCAUGAGGACUAGAACCUUACUAUUGAACUACACUGACAUAAUUUUUUUAAUUGAAAUGGCUUGUGUGGUGGGAUUAGAAAGUGCAAGCGCCUGGCCCUCCUUGGUAGUGGAGACAGAGGCACUUGGAGCCAUGCUACUAGCAGUGCCCAGCUAGACCCAUGGCACCAUCUUCUUUUGCUACCAGCUGUAAAUUAAGCUGGUAUCGCUGGCUGAUUGCAGUAACACCCUGUGACAUCUUCUGGGACUAGCAGUUCUUCUGACAUUAGAACCUAGGAAGGAAAAUGUGAUGCUAAAAUUGGACCACUGUGGUAAGAGUGCAGUAAUUUAGCACCUCUGAGUAACACACGCAGAGGCUUUUGAUUGUGGUGUUUGUUUCCUGUUUGCAGAGGGGUGCUGCAGAAUGGGUGGCUGUGGUCCCUUUCCUGUCCCUGUAAAUAAAUGAAUGACUGUAGGGCCUGGUGACGUACACAACAAGGAGUAUCUGGAGGUGGUGGGGGGAAAUUGAAUGGUUGCUGACUGCCUUCCUCUCUUCUGUUUGUUUCCAAUAUCCAGGGCCCUUGCCAGACUCCAAGAGGCCAAAGCUCAUGCAUGGGACCCUGAUCAUCAAGGACAAUGUAAGUGGAGGCAGGUUGGGUGGGUGAAUAGGAUUCCUGGCCGAUAGAAUGGCUUCUGUGGUGGGCUUGGCAGAAAGGUCCCCCAUCUACCCAGAACUCUGCCUAGUAGUCUCCCUCCAUUCUUGGAACCCCUCAAUGGUUUAUGUGGAGGAAAGGCCCUUUUCACAUAUAGGUUACUACCACAUUGUAAACUGGAAAGUUAAAACUGCACUCUUAAGGAGGCUUAGUUGAAAUAAGGUUUAAGAUGCAUUAAAAUCAGUAGUGCUUACUUCCACAAUUAUAUGUUUAGGAUGGGAGCAGUAAUGUGAAGUCUAAAAUGUGCCUGCCCUCUUCAAUAUUUUUAUUUUGGUGCUGCCACUGAGAUCAGGAGGUUUCCCUGUUGUGUAGAAUUCUUCACUGCCACCACCCCAACUGCAGUACAUUGUUAAAUCUGUGCCUUGUGCCUCUCUCUAAAAAGUAAGACAAGCCUGCUGGAUCAGACUGACAGCCCAGGUAGUUCAGCAUGCUGUUCCCUGGCUGUCCAGAUUUCUCAGGAGGAAGCCCAAAAGCAGGUCCUGUGCAUUACUUCUCUCCCUUCCUCCUUCUCUGGGCAGAGCUUCCGCCUGGUCUCUCCCGAACAAGCACUCAAAGAGCUGGGCCUGGCGGAGCACCAGCUGAGGUUCACCUGCCGCAUCCACUUCCAGGACCCCCGCAAAGAGCAUGAGACAGGACUGCGUUUAUACAACCACCUGAAGACGUAGGUACACCAGACUGUGUGCAAAAUGGCUUGAAGGAAUGCGUUGGCUCAAGGCCUGCUUUGUGCUUCCUUGGAAAGGUGGGAGGUGGGGCCACAAGAUAGGGAGGAGCCCUAGUUUGAAUAAAAAAUGGUUGACCGAGCAGUCACAGAAUUGGCUGUAUCUCAUUCAGGACCUCCUGCUUAGUGUGCCUAGUGGAGGAUAGCUUAGCCAACAGCCUCCUGAGGCAGCCUGUUCCCUUUGCUGAGCAGCUCUGUCCAUUGGGCAGUUUUUCCUUCACUGCUGGGCCAAAAUCUUGCUUCCUUGCCAUUUUCAUUAUUUGUUCUAGUCCUGUCCUUGGAUUAGGAACAGAGAAUUCGGACCUCACAGCUAGGAAUGUUGGAAUUCUUACCCUCGAGGGACUAUGUAAUCGGAACAUGCAUUUUGGUUUUGUUAGUUAGGAGAGCAAGCACUGAAUAUUACCAGCCCCCAGCAAAGAAAGAAAAGAAAAAUUGCGCCUUAUUUGUCUAUGUUUGCUGCUGAGCACAGUUUUGUAUACAUCUUCCCAGCCUUGCAGAUUAGGAGCUUGCUUUCUUUGGCAGAAAGGUGAAAACUCACAUUCCCAAAAUUCUGCACUCAGUACUUUAAUCUGUCCAAUGUACCAAGGUUGUAGAUUAGUGCAGACAUGCUGCUUUGAUCUUAGUUUCUAACACGCUUAUUUUUUAAAAAAUCAACUAGUUAAGAUUCUAACCAUCAUUGUUUGUACAGAAGAGGUUACCAAAUAAUUCUAGGCUAUUUGAAAGGUUAAGUAAUAUUUUGCCCCCAAAAUUGUUAGACCAAUCACAAAAUGCAUUUUAGGAUCUGUUUUCCUAGCUGCCAGCUGUCCCAGCAGAGGAAAGGAAGCUGCUUGUGGUGAUAUUCAACAUGUUAUUGUUGUCAUUCUCCCCCCCUCCCCCAGUUUCCUGAAGGACUAUUCUGUUCAACACCUCUCUGACACCUCCAUAAUGGUCGAGUCCAUCCUGAUCCAGGUUACAGUGCAAUCGGAAGAUCCUGCAACUAAACUUCUGCUGGUGUCGUGGACGUAUCAGGUGAGGUUUCUUUUUUACACAUGUUAUCACACUCCUGGCUUUCAGAGUCCCUUGCCCCUUUCCACCUUAGCAAGGGGCUAUAGCAGACCCAGAGACCCUCUAGAUGUUGCUGAGCCCCAGUAAGUGUGGCUAAUGGCCAAAGGGAUGAAGGGAGUUGGAGUAAACAGCAUCUCGAGAGCACCCCUUUGACAAUCCCUGCAGGCUGCAGCCUUUGUAAACAGAAGCUUUCCAGCCCCAGAGGUGUUGACAGACCCUCCUGGAAUUUCCUUAAGCCCAUCUAAACAAAAUGGUUCUGCAACACAGCUGGAGGAAUGCAGGAAGUUAUAGCGGGGCAGUAUUUUUAAUUUAAGGCAAGCGGGCUUCUAGGGCUGGGCGACGGCAGGUUUCUAACAUUGCGAUGUAUCACCAGCCAAACACUGCAAUCUGGCGAUACACUGCAGUGUUGGAACGGAGGAAGGAGCAAGCUGCAUUAGCCCCAGCCCUGUGAGGUGUGGGGUGAAACCGCUGCUGCUCUUGCUGAGCAGGCUGAGGCAGUUUCACCUCAGCACCUUGUGGGGCCAGGAACAAGGCAGUUUGCUUCUCCCUCUGUUAAACUCCUCCACUGAGGUGUGGGCAGCUGCACGCCCCUCAGCAGAUUAGGCCUGGGCGAUACAUCACUGAGUAUAAGGGACCAACAGCAAUGGCAGUUUCACUAGUGAUAUACCGCCAAGUGAAACCACCAUCCCACUCUGCCCUCAUAGGUGCAGAGAGAGAAACAAGCUUCAUCGGCAAAGUGUGAUACAGCAUGUUCCUCCCUCACUUCUUUAAACUGCUUGGCUGAGGAGUAUGCCACUGUCCUCGCCUCGGCCAAGUAAUUUUAACCAAGCCUGCCUUGUACGCAAGCAGGAGUGGGAUCGCGGCUGGGGAGGUGCAGGCUCCAUUCUUCUCCAUUGAGAAGAACUUCUCAACGGAGAAGUUUAAAAGAGCCUGCAUCCCGCCGCGUGGGGGCUCCUUGCUUCCACCCCACAAGGAAAAGGCUGUGUGCCUGGCUGCCGCCACCUGGUUCAUGGGGGAUAGGAGGAGCCAGCAAGGUAGCUUACCCAUCCCUCACGCCUGCAGAAGGAGCCUCAAGGCCCCUGCCAGCAUUUGGGCUUGCUCAGCUGGGGGAUAGGAGCCUUUUUGCCCCCCAGCUAAGCAGCAGGCUCAGACCAGCUGCAUUGGCCCUGGCCUGCAAAAGUGAAAGCUAAAGCAGUUUCACUCUGGCAGGGGGCAAUACAGCUUGUUUCAACAUUGUGGUUUAUCGCCAACCAUGGUGAUACAUCAUGAUGUUGAAAACCUGUCGCCCAGCCCCUACAGCAGAGCAGCAGGUCUCCUUAAACCACCUGCCUCUCAAGGCAAUUUGAGCUGGCGAUACAUUGCGGCUCCCCCACCCAUUGCCAACACAGGGCACCUCACUCCCAUCUGCCUGCAAGCAGACAGGAGUGAGUUGCAUUGUGCUGGGAGCUGUGAUGUAUUUGCCAGCUCAAAAAGUCUGAAAGUGGUAUCGUGGUGUGAAUGUACAGCCUUAGCUUCUACUAACCAAAAAAUAUGGAUUUUGGUUGCAGGAUGAAGAAAUGGGUAGCUACGUGACCUCCCUGCUGAAAAAGGCGCUGCCUCAAAUCACGGCAUGAGUCUCCAGGAGCUAAAACCCUGGAACAUGUAAAGAACAAUGUAAAUACUUAAGUCUGUGUGUGUUUUUAACAAAUUAAAACGCAAGGAGUUUUAGUAUUUAAUAUUAGUGGCCUUUAUUGUCACAGGUGGCAUCUGCAGUAACAACUCCAAGUAGUAGGCUUUUUUAAAAAAUCCAAAAAUAGGUAGUAGUCCCUUCACAGUGAAUGCAAACUGUGUGUUUUUUCUAAAGGAGGCCAGUUUACCAGGAUUGUUAGCUCCACACCCAACCCAAGUCAUCUCACCUGGGCGAUACCUGGUUUUCAACAUCGUGAUACAUCAGCCGCUAAAGACCACGAUAUUCUGAUAUACCACAAUGUCUGGAAUGUAUCUCAGCUAUUUCCUCCUCCCCACCUUAGGGGAGGAAGCAGCAGCCGAGAUACAUGUCCUAGCAGGGGCUUCCUUAAACUGAUCAACUGGGGGGGGGGGACCUGGAUGUCUCUCCAAUGCGCAAGCAGGAGAAGCAUUGGUGCUCACUCAUCUGGGGAGCUUCUCCUCCAAGCUGAGUAGUUCAAGGAAGCCGCAAUGCAAAGGCUCCUGCAGACUGCUGCUUUCCUCCCAGGGCAGUCAUUGCUCCAGGAGGAAAGAUGCAUCCUGCCCAGAGGUGAAGGCAAUUUGAGUUGCCAAUACAUAAUGGCUCCCCAGCUAACACCAGGACAGCACAAGGAAGUGAGCUGGCAGCAGCCGGGGAGCCUGAUGUACUGGCAGCUCAAAAAGUCUGACACCGGUAUCACAAUGUGAAUGCCAUACUGGUCUCAGGUAAUGAAUCACACAGCAUCGUCCAGGCUACUCACCUUCGGAUUCAUUUCUGUGAGUUCUUGCCUUGUGAUGGGGAAGGAGGGAGUGCCGUUUGAUGGUAGAGCACCUCCUUCACGGGCAGAGAAGGCGGCAUCUUCUGUCGCAGGCAUCUCCCACUUUAAGGAAAAAGGAUCAGGGGCACCAUAGCAGUCUGCCCAGUCAGGCCAGUGCCCAUCAGAGCCUGGCAGUCUGUUCUCACAGUGGCCAACUAGCUGCCUUUUCUGAGAAGCCCACAAGAAGGAUUCAAGACUAUGGAGGAAGAUGUUCGCAGGCAGGUGGGGGCUGGCUGAGAGAAAACUGAGCUGUGUGUGUCAGUUCCUCAUUUCAACCUAAUGGAUCAUGAUGCCUUCACCAGUUUAAUGUCUGGUCUAUAUUAAAAACAGAAGUGGGUACAUAUGCCCAUGUUCAAAAGCAAACACACCCAACUCCAAGCCCUGUCCAUCCAAAGGAAGCGUAAAAAAGUGUGUCUUCCUUUUUCAUUUUGCAAAGCCAUGGUAGAGGAGCAAGAUGGGUGUGGGGGCACUUUGGCCCUCCAGAUAUUGCCAAACGACACCUCUCCUGCCCAUCCCUGCUUCAUUGGUCAGGGCUUGCUAGAUGCAGUUGAGAAACAGCCAGGGCGGGGGUGGCACAGGAUCCCCAUUCCAAGGCAAGACCCAUACUCAGCUGCAGCCAAAGCAGCCUGGCCUUUGCAAUUUUAGUCAACAUUGCUGACCCACUUGGAAGCAUAUCAUCACAGCCGAAAGGACUAGAAACGUGCCUUUUUGAAAAUAUAAAAUCACGGGGCAUGUAUUCUGCAUCUGGUAUCACAUUAUGUGCUCCUGCAGAAACAUGGCACUACUAAUAAUCUCUCUCAGGGGUCUUGGGUGGGUGGCAGAAAGAGAAAAUCUAGGUGGCCACUGGGAAAUGUGGUCCCUGCAGCCUCUCUCAAAAAACUUAAGGAUACAUAACGCUAACCCCUCCUGCACAAAGCCCUCUACAGUUUCAGUUAAAGUUCCUUGGGUUUCUCACCGAUAUCAUCUGAACCUGCUGCCUCCUUUCCCCCCGCCUUGGUCUGGCAAUGCGUAGGUUGGCGGGUGCCCAAGCGUUGCCUCGACGACCACAGAUGGUGUAGACUUUUGUGGCCCUGGUCCUGAAGGGAAGUCUCCAGCGGCACCACCUGCUGGCUGAGGUGAAGUAGUACAAGAUGGGGUUCAGGCAGCAGUUGAAGCUGACCGAGGCCAGAGUGAUGCGGCGCAUCCUGUAUAUGACAACGGCAAAGCGGCAGUCCCGGAUCAGCCCAGCCCGCAUGAGGAAGUGCAGCAGGUGGGUGAGGUGGUAUGGGAGGAAGCAGGUAGCGCAGAUGAAGAGGAUGAGGUAGAUGGUGCCCAGGGCCUUCCUCUUGCGGGCGCUGCGGGGGAUGCGAGAGAUGCGCCGGGCGAUCAGAGGGUAGCUGAUCAGGAUGACCCCAAAAGGGACCACAAAGCCAAAUAUCAGCGCGCAGACGUUGUAGGGCAUCAUGCGCCCGGUCCACUCCUCCAGC